GGCAGCCCCUGUGCUCGGGGUCGAGUCACAGGGACCCUGUGGCCUCGGGUCCCUCGGGUGCUGGCUCGCCCAGGAUGCUGGAGGCUGGGAAACAGCACCUCAGGGCUUUGGACCUGGGUGUAGGAGCAGGGCGAGCAAAGGGGAGAGCAGCAGAAUGCCAGGACUCCUGGGGUCAUUUCUGCUUGGCUCCUGGGUUUAUUGGGCCAGCAACCAGUUUCACCCACUGCCUCGAGGGGCCAGAGCAGAACCCCGAGCCCCUCAUCACCUCCCGACCCCCUCACUGCCUCCUCGGGGCUGGGAAAGCCGGGAAGCGAGGGCAGUCCGGCAUGGCUGCGGGGCCUCUCCUGCACAGCCAUCCAGCCGAGCGUGAAAUGGGCUGAAAAGAAAAGGGACGGCGUAAUGUUCCCGGGGCCGGGGGCGGAGGACGUUUGUCCCCCGUGGUGGCCGCAGUCCCCACCACGGCUGCAGAGCGGGGCUGGCUGCAGCCGGCGUGCCAGUCCUGCCUUCCCGUCCCUCUUUGCUUUCACUGGUUUGCAACCGUUUCAGGGCACCCGGCCCCAUCCUGACCUGCGUUGCUGGCCCUGUCGGAGCCCUGUGCCUCCGGGGACUGCGGUCCCCAGCGCUGCCCUCGGAGCGGUGACCCUGGCCAGGUGCAGGAUGCGGACCCUGGCCUGGCUGGGCAUCGCCAGCCUGUGUCUGGGGGCAGCUUGGGCUGUCCCAGCCAAGGAGGAGAAGAGGAAGGCAGGGAACCCAAAAGCUGAUCUUGCACUCUACGAAAACCUGGACCUGGACAACUAUGACCUGACGUUGGACAACUACGGUGAGAUCCUUGACCUGAACAACUAUGAGGAGCUCUAUGACUACGGCGACCUUGCUCCGAAGGUCGAGGUUGGCACCCUGGCUCCUCGCCCCAAGGACCCCAUGGCUCUCCCAAACCUGGGCACCACGGCUGAAACCCCGAAGCUGCAGCCUCCGACCACCGCCGGCCCUGUCCGCCCAGCACCCAUCCCCGUGCAGUUCCUGCCCAGUUGCCUGCUCUGCCUGUGCAUCAGCACCUCCGUCUACUGCGACGACGCCGACCUGGAGCACAUCCCGCCGCUGCCGCCGGAGACCACAUACCUCUAUGCCCGCUUCAACCGCAUCGGCGCGAUCCGGGCCAGCGAUUUCACGGGACUGAAGAAGCUGAAGCGAAUAGACCUGACCAGCAAUUUCAUCUCCUGGGCAGAUGUGGAUGCCUUCCGCUUGCUCCCCAGCCUGCAGGAGCUCAUCCUGCCCGAGAACAGGCUGACGGCGCUGCCCGAGCUGCCCCGCAGCAUCGUCCGGCUGGACGCCCGUCUCAACAGGAUUCCCAGCACCGGCCUCCGGCCCGAAGCUUUCCGGGACUUGAAGCAGUUGCAGUUUCUCCAUCUGUCCGAUAACCAGCUGGAUUAUAUCCCGGCACCGCUGCCUGAGAGCCUGCGCUCCCUGCACCUCCAGAACAACAACAUCCAGACCAUGCACGAGGACACAUUCUGCAACAGCCAAGACCACAGCCAGAUCCGCAGGGCGCUGGAGGACAUCCGCCUCGAUGGCAACCCCAUCAACCUCAGCCUCUUCCCCAACGCCUAUUUCUGCCUGCCCCGCCUGCCCACGGGCCACUUCUUCUGAGCCCCACGGCCCCAACGCUGGGAAACAAUGGCGAGCAUUCCCGGACCCACCAUGCCCUCACCCCAAACCCCCUCGGACCCUGCUGCCCCAUGGAAAAUGUGGGGUUAAGGCAGAUGCAUUUAACCCCGAUGUGAGCUGAGCCUCCGUGCAGAGGUGAACUCGGUUCUGGGGCAAACGGAGCAGGGGAUAGGCAGCUCUAAUAAAAUUAAGACUUUA